GCAGCGAAGCGCUCUCAGGAGUUGGCUCUGGAGGCUGCAAGGCGUUCCCAAGAGCUCACGAUCGGAUCCUCUAGUUUGUCCGAUAACGUUUCCGUGACAGCUAAACGCUCCAAGGAGUUCGCUACUGAAGCCUCGAAGCGAGCUGAUCAAAUUAAAGCAGAAGCUGCUAAGCGAGCCGAUCUAAUCAAGCACUUGGUCGGGGGGAUUCCGUCGUCUGGCGCUCUUGAGAAGAACGCUUCCGACGUAUAGACGCCGGAGGAGGAUUUGCAGAGGUUUGGAAUAAACGAAGAGCUGAGGGACUUUGUCAAAGGCAUCACCAUGAGUACAUUUCGGGAUUUCCCACUCGAAGAUGAUUCACAAGUGUCCAAUGUCCCCACAGUCUCAAACAUUAGUCAGGAUCUAACUGUGUGGCAGACAAAGCAUGCAAGCCUUGUUCUUUCAACUGUCAAGGAAAUUUCUACGUUACGUUAUGAAUUGUGUCCACGCAUUAUGAAAGAGAGAAAAUUCUGGAGGAUUUACUUUUUGCUGGUUAACAGACACAUUGCACCGUAA